UUAGUUCAAGAUUCUCCCGUUUUGUCGAUCAAUAUUUAUGCUCCUAACAAUAUCCAUGACGCUUUUGACUUCUAUGAAAACCUUAGGACUACUUUACUUGAGAGCGACUAUGACCAGGACUACAGGUUUAUUAUGGGAGGUGAUUUUAAUGUGCCAUUAAGUCUUCAACUUGAUAGCUAUGGAAGUAAAACAGAAAAAAAAGACGUGGUAACCAAAAUCCGCGAGCUAAUGUUAGCCUUUAACCUAAUAGAUAUAUGGAGACUAAGGAACCCGGAUAAAAAGCGUUACACGUGGAAACAAAAUAAGCCUUUAGUCCAACGUCGGUUAGACUACUGGCUAAUAAGCGAUGAUUUUCAAGAUGACGUGGACAGCACAGGUAUA